GACCCGCCCUGGCUGACAUAUUUCCUUCCUUUUCUCUCCCCCCCCCCAAAAUCAAUAAAUAAAUAAAUCCCCACUUUCAGGGCCGCUGUUGAGACCGCGGAACUAGAAGUGUCGAUUUUGGAGACCCAGUUGGAAAAGUUGUUGAAGCUGGGUGGCACCAUGCUGGAAUCGGGGCGCCAGUUCUGCAGCCACAGCAAGAGUUUCGCCUUGGGCAUCCAGGAGCUGUCCCAGAAUUCCUCGGGGGACACCUUGAUGGGCGAGUGCCUGGAAAAAUUUUCCCAGAGUUUGAGCAGAAUGAUGGAACAGCAAGAGGAACUCCUGGAGACUGCACAGCAAUCUCUCAAGCAGCAGCUGCAAACUCUGGUGAAGGAGGACAUUAAGCAGUUCAAAGAGACCCGGAAGGAAUUCGAGAGGGGCAGCGAAAGCCUCGGCAGCGCCUUGCACCACAACGCUGAGGUGCCCCGUCGGCGCCAACACGACGCAGAGGACGCCAUGGUCGCCCUCAAAGCGGCCCGUACCACCUUCCGUAACCGAGCCCUGGACUACGUGCUGCAGAUCAACGUGAUUCAAUCCAAGAAGAAAUUUGAGAUCCUCAAAUUCGUCUUAUCCUUCAUGGAGGCCCAAUCCGUCUUCCUGGAGAAAGGAUUUCAAAGCUCCAAACAGCUAGAAGAAUAUCGCAAAGGCCUGGAUGCUCAG